CGUUCAAACUUUGCUGCUGACAUGUUUACACUUUGACCACUAUUAGUAGUCUAACUUGCGAACGGAUGAAAAUAGACUUCCUGUUAAAAUUAGUAGACACGAGUAUUGACUGCUGUAGCCUACUUGUCUGCUCUGAGAUGGAAAAGAUGCCAAACUGAAUCACAAUUUCUGAGUGUGGGCUCCAGGAAUAUUCUCUGACACACACAACAAACUUUAUUAAAUGUCAAUUGUGGACUUGCGGAAGAGGAGUUGACAGCAGUGACUUGCAGUGGCAGCACGUUCCUCACAUGUGCGAUGUGAAAAAUGGACCAUCCAGCGUAUCAUGGUCCCAUAAGCAAACAAAGGUGUGAGGAGCUGCUUGGCAAAAAAGGAAAGAAUGGAACAUACCUUAUUCGAGACAGUGAAACCAUCCAGGGAGCUCUCUGCCUCUGUGUGUACAAGCAAAAAGUGGUCUAUACGUACAGAAUUCUCCAAACCCACACUGGACAAUUCACUUUACAGACUAGUUCAGGUGUAGAGGAGAAGUUUUUCAAGUCAUUGAAAGAUCUUAUUCACCAUUAUAAGAAGAGGAAUCAAGGACUUGCAACACACUUGCGUCAUUCACUGAAAAUAAAAACGCUGCAAGAACAGCCUUUGCAAUGCCCAGAGCCACUUGUGCCUGAUGAGGGAAAUGACUAUGAAAAUGUAGACAGUUCAGGGGAAUAUGUUGUUGUUCUACCAGACUGAUUUAUUCACAAUGUGACAUUCUGACUGGAAACAGGAUCAACCAAUAAGGAUACAGAGAUCUCAAAAGGAAUUCUCAGAUGUUCUGUUUUCAUCCCCAUCGUUUUGAUAUUUUAGUACAUUUUCAGAUGUGCUUUUUCACCUAAAUAUUGGAAGUGCAUAUAACAUGAAUCACAUUUUUAUCAUUUGUUAUUGUAAAAUGGGAAAUUUCAGGGAUUUUAAUGUACUUUAAUGCUGUAAUGGGGAGGAAGAGAUCUUGAAGGUGUAAGAUCUGCACGUCAGUAUUCACAAAUUCUGCCAUGUACAGUAUGAAUUAAUUUGCAGAAUUAAAACCCUAAUUUAAGAGUGAAGGAAAAGCAGCCAACAAGUCCCCAUACAUUAUGACUUAAACCUUUCAUGAAUCUCAUGAAUUUGGUUGAGAAAAUGCCGAGAUUGUGCAAAACUGUUAUCAAUGCAUUAUCUAGAAAUGUUUUGGCCACUGCAUAAUUUCCAUAGUUUCAGUAAUCCCAAAGAAUGGAUAGGUAUGUCCAAAACUUUUGACUGGUACUGCAUGUUAAACUAUACAGUAGUUGUUCCUGAGGUAGUAUGUGCUCGAAGUCAGACGUCAAAAUCUUUAUAGUUGAUUUGCUGUAUAGGUAUACUAAUCUGGGAGGUAAAGUAACAUUUUGUAGCUCCUUUUUGCUUGAUCAACUGCUAAGAGUUCAAGCACAAGAGAUCUUUGAAUGUGCAUAUGUUUUUUUUAAUUGUUAAAAGAUAUUUGAGGACUGAACUGUAUAUUAUGUAAAAAUACAUACUGUAUGAAUUGCA